GCAUGUGCGAAGGUGUCCAAACUGACAAUGCUCGUGAGAUGAAGAUAGCGCUGCUGCAGCUUCUGAGCUCAAGGAGGACGCGAGGAAUCUACAAGCCGACAAGAUGAGAUCCAAAGCGAGGGCGAGAAAACUGGCCAAAAAUGACAGUGAGGGAGUAGACCGCACAUAUAGCACAGAAGCUAAUCUCAUGACCGGCGAAAGUGCCGAAGAGGAAACAGAAGACAGCAUCAUGUCCCUCAUUCCAGUGGGGCCCUUGUCCCCUCAGCCCUGCAAUGAGGACUUCACUCCUAAAGAGGGCUCACCCUAUGAGGUGCCUGUCUACAUUCCAGAUGAUAUUCCCAUCCCUUCUGACCUGGAACUCAGAGAGUCAUCUGUUCCAGGGGCUGGCCUUGGAAUCUGGGCCAAAGCCAAAAUUCGGAUGGGAGAAAGCUUCGGACCAUACAAUGGACUGCAGAGCGCCACGGUCAAAGACACGACUUAUGGGUGGGAGCAAAUGCUGAAUGAUCACGAAGCGUCAUCUGAAGACAGCUGUAUUAAAAAGGUGAUGGACAACAUCGGCAAUGUGAAGUUCUCUUUGGAUGGAGCUCUGGAGGUCAGCGGUAGCUGGCUUAAAUACGUGCGCACAGCAACUUCCAACCAAGAGCACAACCUGACUGUGUGCCAUAUAAGUGAAGAUCAGAUAUAUUAUAAAGCUGUAAGAGAAAUUGAAAUAGGGGAGGAGUUACUGGUUUACAUGAAGGACGGAGUUUUCCCGGAAGGCUCAAUGGCACCGAACAUGGAAGAUGAGCAGAUGUACCGCUGUGAGCACUGUGACGAGCUCUUCACCUCAAAGCUAGAUUUACGGCGACAUCAGAAAUACUCAUGCAGUAGCUGCAACUCCAUCUUUGAUUCACUAAGUGAAGACUUCAAGCAGGAACUUGAGGACAGUGAUGAGACAGUGCAUGAGUGCAAAGACUGUGAAAAAAUCUUUCCUAGCGAGUACAGUCUUGGGCAGCAUAUGAUCGUACACACAGAAGAGAGAGAGUAUAAGUGUGACCAGUGUCCCAAAGCCUUCAACUGGAAAUCUAAUCUUAUUCGCCAUCAGAUGUCACAUGACAGUGGCAAACGCUUUGAGUGUGAAAACUGUGAUAAGGUGUUCACAGAUCCCAGCAACCUACAGCGUCAUAUCCGUUCUCAGCAUGUCGGUGCCCGAGCCCACACCUGCCCUGAAUGUGGCAAGACCUUUGCCACAUCCUCAGGACUCAAGCAGCACAAGCACAUACAUAGCAGUGUCAAGCCUUUCAUCUGUAAGUCUGAGCAGUCUUGUCUAAGCCUCAGAUACAAUUACCACUGUCCAAAGAUCUCCUGCCUAGCUCCACACCAAGACUGUGACAGCUGUUGUUUAAUAGGUGAGGUGUGUCACAAGUCGUAUACCCAGUUCUCUAACCUGUGCCGUCACAAGCGGAUGCAUGCAGACUGCCGCACACAGAUCAAGUGCAAAGACUGUGGGCAAAUGUUCAGCACUACCUCCUCCCUCAACAAGCAUCGGCGCUUUUGUGAGGGCAAGAACCAUUACAAUCCCGGAGGCAUAUUCACACCGGGCAUACCAAUUACCUCUAGUCCUAUCCUAGGCAAGUCCAAGUCUCAUCCCGGCCUGAACCAUGGUGGACUUGGCUUUGGUGAUUACUUCCCAUCCAGGCCGCAUCAUGGGGGGCUGCCCUUUUCACCAGCACCCCCUGCAUUCCCAGCCAUUUCACAUGGCUUUCCAGGGAUCUUUCCCCCUUCACUAUAUCCUAGACCGCCAUUGUUACCUCCAAGUCCACUUCUAAAGAGCCCACUUAGUAAUAACCAAGAUGGAAAGUUGCCUUCUCUUGAUGCCCCUACUUUUUCUGUGGCGUCAUCCAUAAACAACAGCAAUGGCAACAUAGGAAGUGGUCUCAGCAGCCAGUCAGAGGAGAAUCGAGAGUCCAGACUGGAGUUGUCAUUCACGGACAGCAGGAAUAAAGUCAAGAGUAAUGACAUGUCUGAUGGUAGUGACUUGGAUGAUGUAAACACAUCUAGUGGCACAGAUCUAGACACAACCACUGGUACAGUGUCUGGAUCAGAUCUUGAAAGUGAAGCAGAGAGCGAACGGGACAAGAGCAGAAGGAAAGGAGUCCAGGAGAUCAAGCAGAGUGAGGUCAGCAGCAGUUCAAUGUCAGUCUCCAGUUCAGGGAACCUCCCUUGUGAGCGCCCUUUCCUCUCCUCCCAGCAUUCCUUUUUCCCACCACCAGAAGAGCAAGCACUGCCACCUUCUGGUGCCACCACUGACUCUAUUAAAGCCAUUGCCUCCAUUGCAGAAAAGUAUUUUGGUCCAGGCUUCAUGGGCUUGCAGGAAAAGAAGAUGGCCUCCUUAAAUUAUCAUUCCAUGUUCCCAUUCCAGUUUCUUCCUAACUUCCCUCAUUCCUUGUACCCAUUCACAGACAGAGCACUCAAUCCUGGAAUGUUCUUCAAACCUGAGCCUAAAUCCCCUCGUGAACACAUACAGAAAUUACCUACAUCCACAAGUGAAGAUUCACCAUUUGAUCUAACCACCAAACCCAAGGAGGUCAAACCUCUUCCUCCACCCCCUAUUAAACCAGCCUUGCCAUGCAAUGCACUCCUGACCUACGGGGAGGAACAACCUCUGGACCUCAGCAUAGGCAGUCGAAGCCGAUCCAGCCACAAUGGUGUCACACCUGACCAUGGCAAGAAUCAAGUCUAUGGCACAAACUGCAAAGCAGCAACUAAAGAUGAACACCCAGCACUGACUCAGUCGCAGAACUUACACCAAUCUCAAAUGCCUCAGCCCCAUGCACCCAUCACCCAGCCACCUCCUCCCCAGCAGCAGUCAUCACUUCACUACGCCAAGCCUUCGCCAUUUUUCAUGGACCCUAUCUACAGCAGGGUGGAGAAAAGGAAGCUAUUAGACCCAGUAGGAGCUCUAAAGGACAAGUACCUGAGGCCUGCACCACUACUUUUCCAUCCUCAGAUGUCUGCAAUGGAAAACAUGACUGAGAAGUUGGAAAGCUUUAGCACUCUGAAACUGGAUCCUCCCAAUUCCCACCAGCACUCCUCACAUCACCUUUUUAACUUCCGCUCCCCACCGCCCUCUCUUUCUGAUGCUAUCUUACGCAAAGGCAAAGAGCGAUACACCUGCAGGUACUGUGGGAAAAUCUUUCCUAGGUCAGCUAAUCUUACAAGGCACUUACGAACACACACUGGAGAACAACCCUACAGAUGUAAAUAUUGUGACCGUUCAUUCAGCAUCUCCUCCAACCUACAGAGGCAUGUUCGUAACAUCCACAACAAAGAAAAGCCUUUCAAGUGUCACCUCUGCAAUCGCUGCUUCGGUCAACAGACCAAUCUGGACCGCCACUUAAAGAAACACGAGCAUGAAAAUAUUCCAGUGAGUCAGCAGUCUGGGAUUCUGUCGAAUUUAGGAACGAAUAUUUCUUCACCAAACUCUGAGUCUGACAAUCAUGCACUUUUAGAUGAGAAGGAGGACUCAUAUUUCUCAGAAAUUAGGAACUUCAUAUCAAAUAGUGAGCUGAACCAGGCGUGUAGCUCCUCAGAGAAAAGGACAGAGCCGGAUGAGGAGGACCAUCCUCAGACUCACACUAAUGCUGCCUCCAAACUGGAGGAAGAGGAGAUAGAGGGAGAUGAUGAAGAUGAGGAAGACUCAUUGACAGAAAAGUCACAGGAUGAGAUUGCUUCCCCCGCCACUAUGGUGCAGGGCACCUAUGAAGACGAUGAGGAACCAAGUUCGCUCCCUAUGUCCUAUGAACACACGCGCAGGUGUAUUGAGGAGAAUGCAGGUGUGUUAGAUCUGGAACCUCUGCCUGGUAUUCCCAAAGGCCUGGAAUUCCAUAAGACCGGGGAGGAGCCGUGUAAUAUUAAAGACAUUUUUAACACCUCAGUACAGUCGGAGACAUUGAAAGAAACACUAUUCAGGCAGGCUAAAACCCAGGCUUAUGCAAUGAUGCUCUCGCUGUCUGAGAACAACACCCUGCAUGCAUCCUCACAGAACUCUUUGGAUGCCUGGCUCAACAUGGGAGGAGGCUCAUCGGAAGCAAGCUCCUUUCACCCCCUUAACAACAUCUAAAACAAAGAAAGAUCCGAAUAGUUAGAUGGAGAAAGAGAGAAGGGGAAGACACGGACACAAAGAAGCUUCAAAACGGGCCUGUGAACCACCAGUAUGCGUGUCAGGAGGAGUGGGCUGUAGAGGUAGCAGACUAUAUUGUUGAGUGAAACAGACACAGGAACCAGUCAUAGAUGGGAGAUCUUCUUUCACGGCAGCAAACAAGAACGGCAUCACUGAAUUCCUGCUAUACGGCAUAUUUAGUGUCUACGACUAACCACUAUAGUUCUCUCCUCAGGAGCUCAAUUCAAAGGGGACACUGCAUUUGAAUGACUCUAAAAUCACCUCUCCACCUCAUUUUUAAUCAUGCAUUUAACACAGACUGUAUAGUUUAUUUAACAUAUUCCCGAAGACCCUGGUUCAAGUCCGAGAUAACCGGACUUGUGGAGUUUGUCUGGUCUCCCUGUGUUGCUAUGGGUGUCCUCCAGGUACUCCUAUUUGUCGCACAGUUCUAAAACAUGCUGAUCUUCAGUUUAAUUAAAGAUUUCUAAAUUGCCCAUAGGUGUAGGUUAGCGUUUAUGUCUUGUUAGUCCUGUAAUGGACUGUCCACCUGUCCAUUGCCUUGGCCCAAGAUCACUGGGAUACAGCACUCACUGUGACCCCAAACAGGAAUAAGCAGAAUCGAGAAUGGAUGGGUGUUUCCGAACAGAAAGUUUGAUCAACUUCUCAAGUUUAAUAUUAAGCACUUAAGCAUAACCAACAUCUAGAAUGUUAACUUCCCCAAGAAAACGAGUGCUUUUUACAGUAAAAACCACUCUAAUGUUUAUGCUGGAAAUCUUUGCCGUUUUUUAUUAACUCAGACAAUUUUGUCACAUCCCUUCAACAGUAAAAUAAGAGCAGCAUGUUUGUUUAGAGUGUAUAGCAUUAUUAUUGUUAUGGUUAGUAUUUUAGCUGUAUACAGAAGUCCAGAAGGGUGUUUUAGGGUUAAAUUAUUCUUAAGUGAUGGCAAUUAGAUAUCUUACCUUCCCCUUUCUUUAAUUUAGUAUCUCUUUUGUAUGUUUUUCCUUGACAAACAGUAUUGUUUCUUUUCAAGUGCAUAUGUGCUUAAAUGUUAAUAUAAUUCACCCGUGAAGGACCAAAUUUGUACAAUAUUGUUGUGUGAUGUAAAAAAUAAGUUAACAUUUUUGUAGCAGAGUUUUGCGUGCCAAAUAACUCCAUUUUCUUUGACAAUCAUUUUUUUCCUGUCACUUCACUGUCAGUAGUUAUUCUUCUGUUACUUUCAUUUGAUGAGUGUGUGUCUUUUAUUUAUUUUUCUUUUAUUUUUUAUGAAAAAUGAAGAAAAAUGGUUCACCCAAUGUUUUAAAGGAAUGAAAUUACUGAAGAUUGUGAUUUUUUUGUUGUUGUUCUUUGGGAAUAGAAAAAAAAUGGUUUUGCCAAAAUCUGAUUUAGAAAGCAAUGCAUUUCAUUAAUGAGCACAUAAUCUUAAGGCCAGUCUAUUAAAGCAUUUAGAAAUGUA